UAAUUAGUGCCAGCGGGAUAACAAUGAAAAUCUCAACUAAUGGGUGCAAUUCUAUGUAAAUGUUGUUAUUGGCGUUGCUGUAAAUGCUGGAACGGAAACAGUAUUGGCGUUCUUCCAGAGAAAAAACUCAAAUUCUUACUACUCGGCUUGGCUGGCAGCGGAAAAACCGAGAUAGCCCACUAUCUAACGGAAAAGCAACGUCUAGACUACGAAUCAACAAAUGGAGCUUACAACUAUACAAUGAAGUGCCUGGAUGCUCAGUGUUCGAUAACGGAAAUUGGAGGCAAUGAUGAUAUUCAGAAAAUUUGGCAUCAUUAUUAUGCAGGGGCAAUGUCCAUCAUCUAUUGCUUUGAUAUGUCCACAACCAGAGAUGAUAUGAAGAAAUCCUUUAAUUUAUUAAAUAAAAUAUUAAAAAAUCCCUAUGUCAGGGGUAAACCUGUACUUCUGGUUGCAACAAAAGCCGAUCGGACAGAUGAAAGUAUACAAUUGUAUGAUAUUGAAAAUGCCUUCCAUUUGCAUCGAAUGGCUAGCAUGUAUGGCAGUACCAUAAAACUAUGUAUAUACGAUCCUAGAACUGAGCAUAUGGAAUCGAAUAGAAAUAUAAAUAUUAAAGCUGGCCUAAAUUGGCUGGUAAAAUUCGUAGUGGAUAAUUACGAUGUUCUACAAAUACGUUUAAGCUGUGAUAAAAAUAUGAAGGACUGGGAACAAAAUCGUGACAAACUUGUGAGCGAAGGAAAACUUAAUUUUCGUGCAUAUCAAAGGUUUCCCAAAGCUUCCAAUCGUCAUAAAAUUUGGCGUUUGUCUCACAAACGUUUACGACGUAGUUUAAUACGACCACGUACUGCUCCACCAAAGUUAAGUUUCAUCUCCACAAUGAAACAGAAUAAUUUAGCUGAUCCGAAAAUAUCUUCUUCCAACCAGAUUUCAUUAUCUGACUCAAGUAAGGUGCCAAAUGGUGUACUGCCGCAUGAAGAUACAUUUACUGAAAUUCGAUGUAAUAUUUAA